CUGCUCACAGCAAGGUAGACCUCCUGACACCCGUUCAGCCGCUCCCCAGGGUCUCGGGAGCCCUGCAGGGUCUUUGAUAUAGUUAUGAUGAGGAGCUGUGGGACAAGAGACGAAGGAGGAAAGAGACAGGACCUUCAGGAACUGCUUCCUCCCCCUCCUGUGGGGGAGACAGUGCAGAUGAGGAGCACUGGAUUGGCUGUAUUUUAGAUUUGAGUCCGUUACCAACAUUUAACACUGACAGGGGUGGCACUUAAAUCUGGAUUUCUGUCUUCUGUUGGAGGAAGCAGAAGAUCUGGCACCCUAGGAUGAUUCCAGCGGACAGCAUCAGCUGAGCUGAGCAGUGGCUGCCCAUGGGGCUUAUAUUUGGCACCCUUUACCCUGCGUAUUAUUCCUACAAGGCUGUGAAAUCAAAGGACAUUAAAGAAUAUGUCAAAUGGAUGAUGUACUGGAUCAUAUUUGCACUUUUCACCACAGCAGAGACAUUCACCGACAUCUUCCUUUGUUGGUUUCCAUUCUAUUAUGAACUAAAAAUAGCUUUUGUAGCCUGGCUGCUGUCCCCCUACACAAAAGGCUCCAGCCUCCUCUACAGGAAGUUUGUGCACCCCACGCUGUCUUCAAAAGAAAAGGAAAUCGAUGAUUGCCUGGUCCAAGCAAAAGACCGAAGUUAUGAUGCCCUUGUGCACUUCGGGAAGCGGGGCUUGAACGUGGCGGCCACGGCAGCUGUGAUGGCUGCUUCCAAGGGACAGGGUGCCUUAUCGGAGAGACUCCGGAGCUUCAGCAUGCAGGACCUCACCACCAUCCGGGGCGACGGCGCCCCUGCCCCCUCCAGCCCCCCCCCACCGGGGUCUGGGCGAGCCAGCGGCAAACACGGCCAGCCCAAGAUGUCCAGGAGCGCUUCUGAGAGUGCUGGCAGCUCAGUUUGCACCUGCUGCUCCACGUGCAGGACCCGGAAAGUGGUUGAGGGAGAUGUGAAUGAGGGUGGUGUGAAGGCUUGGGAGCCCCACCAGGUCCAAAACCCAUUGGCAUUUUCGGACGAGGAGGAGGAAGAUCUGCUGGAUUUCAUGUACAAGUAUAAGUCACUUCGGAAGACGGAGUUCCCCCUGGAGGCACCGCCUAGAGUUCUUCGACCCCGCUUUAGGAAGAAAAGUACCUCAUCCUCAGCCACCGAAACCACGUGAGUGAGAUGAGCCAACAGCACCGGACCCACAGAAUGUUUCUUCUCUGCCUUAAAGAGCUAGUCACUAAUAACAUAGAAAUCCGCAAGCUGGCGUGCUUUGUGUGUGCAGCCUCACAGACACAGCCUUUUCUCUCUCCCCUCUUACACUUUGAAGAUUUUUAUUUUCCUUUUCUUUAUGUUGCUGGGGAGAGGCUAAAGGGAAUGGUAGUGGGGGGGUGUGACCUUUAAGUCUGAGGUUAGUAAUUUUCCACAAUUGGAUUGUCAGCAGUGUGUUUUUAGAAAUAUAAGAGAUCACCCUCACACUGCUGAGAUGUACAUUUGUAAUUUAUUUGUUGCAUACUUCGUUUUUAGUCCUGUAAAUGCAAACUAAGCAAUUUUUAAAAACUUUUUUGUUGUUGUUGUUCUUGGUACUAAUACUUUGGACUAUGAUGUACAUAUUUAUGGCUUUUGGCUUAAUCUGAUGGACUCGCAAGGGCUGCCAGAGGUUCUGAUAUGCAAGAAAACUGCAAGAUAUGUAAAACAUUAUUUUGAUUCUAGAGAAUGUCUCAGAUGUGCUUCUAAAACUUCUAAAUACAACUCCGGUAGAACAUCCCUUUUCCUGCAGGACGACGGUCCGUCUUCUUCAGACAGAUGUUUAGUCAAAACACCAGAGAUGCUUAGCAAGAAGAGACAAUAUUGUAAUGACAGAGAUGAGUGUGAUGAGGCCAGGGGAGCAGCCCAGAAUAAGAGAAACCACAAGAAGCUUGUCUCCCCCUGGAUUCUGGAUUAAGAGCUUCUGAGUCUUUUCAAGGGAUUCACCAAAGCCUUAGGCAGGUGGCUCACCCUUGGUAAAACUUCCUGGGGAUGUGAACUCACAGGCCUGCUGAGAGGAAUCAUUUUGAGUGUUCCAAAAGUGCUGGAUGAAUGACUGUUUCUGCUUCACAGUAACAGUUCUGUGACUUAUUUCCCCAGGGAGAGGAGCCUACGAUCUGAGCACCUUGAUUAAGAGAACACUAAGCAAAAGCCAACCAGUCCACCCAACCCAAACCAAACCCAAAACUAUGUUUCAGAUAUGCCAUCAAAUACGUCUGAGACGCCUAUCAAAAUGCUGGGUUCUAGAAAGGUUUCAGAGGUUGAGAUCUUUAUGGACUGACUUGCUGCUCAGCUCCCUGGGCAGCCGGGGCUCACACCCUUCUGUUCCCUUCCUGGCUUGUGCAGAAUGUGAGCGAGAGAAGUCGCACACUCAUGGGCACUCCGUGUCUUACUGGACGUCUUACGCAAGCCGGGAUCGCUUAGAAUAGAGCACUAGCUGAGGGAACUCUCUACUUAGACUGAGAACUUUAUCAGAAAAGAGCAAUCUGGUUUAGGUAGCAUUUUGGCCUGAGCUAUCUCCUCUCGCCUUGGAGAGCUGAGCCUAAAUGUAGGACUUGUAUAGUUGUGCUUAGAGUUGGUGUUUUCUUUCAGUGUAAUGCAUGCAGUGGUCACAACCCAGUCACUUAGAAUACUUGGAUUGUGUUUGUUCAUAGAUAUGCCCUGAAGACUAGAGAAUUAGUGUUACGUACCACAUAGAACAUACUGUCAACCAGCUAUGAACAGCCCAGUUAAAGACUGUUUGCAUUACUGAGCUAUGUGAACACGCAUCAGUAGUCUUUACUGAUGACACACUGGCUGGAUCUUAGCCACCCGAGAAAGGGUUUUUCCGAAGUUGAUUGUUGCCAGAUACGAAUAUUUAAAUCCCUUCUUCCCACAAGUACCCCGAAGGUGACUUUGCAAUUUACAACAGGAUUUAGGAAAAGCAAAUUUGUGGUUCAGAGGGCUCUUCAUUGUCUGUGCCCCACACCCACCAAUACCUAAACCCUUUAGGGAAGACAGAACAUCUGUUUCUUCAAGCUCACUCAAUAGUUCCAGAGGAAAAAUAUAUGCUUUAAAUGUAUUUACCUGUUAGUUGGGGGUACCCAGAAUUAUCAGAAACAGCUUCACUUCAGCAGCUUUUUAGCAAAAUUUUUUUUGCCAAAAUAUUAAAUGCCUUUGGCAGCAGAGAUCCUUCGUGAACAACCUAUAUUUUCACCAUUUUACAAUGUAAAGUUUUAACAAGUACAAGCUACCAAGUUUGCACUCAACUAUGCCAAAAACAAGUUUGAAGCACUCUACUCUCAGACACGCUGUAUUACUUCUCAUUCAAGAUUUAAAAAAUAUAAAGGUAUCCAAACUGCUGUCUUAAUGUAAAUGUAACUAGUUUUCCUUCAAGUGUUGAUUAGGGAGUUGGUUUCUCUCUUAAAAACACUCACUGUACAAA